AUUGUUGGGGCGAGUGAUAGGGGCUUCUAUAGAACCACAUGUGACCAAUGAGCGUGGUGCUGUCAGGGGUAACCACAUCUGUCAACCGUUCUUGGCCAAUAAAGAGCGGAGCGAGGCGGACCUCAGGUGCGCGCCUCUGCGUCCCCUUGGCACGGCGCCAGGGAGAACGAGAGAGAAUCCUAGCUGCCCCGUGGCGGAAAAGAGUAACUGUCAAAGGCAGCUUCUUUAACAAGAGAGCUAUCACUUCGGCUCCGAGAGUUAUGGCGACCGCAGCGUCCAACCACUACAGCGUCCUGACUACCCCCAGCAGCGCGCCGCCGCCGCACUCGGAGUCCGGGAGCAUGCAGCAGGCAGCGGCGUACAGGGACGCGCACACCCUGCUCCAGAACGACUACACGCUACCGGGCAGCGGUCAUCCCCUCAGCCACGCGCACCAGUGGAUAACGGCUCUGUCGCACGGGGACGGGGCUCCGUGGCCGUCGAGUCCCCUCGGAGAGCAGGACGUGAAGCCCAUUCUACAGAGCGACCGGGAGGAGCAGCAGAAUUCCGCUAGUCUACAGCAACAGCAGCAGCAGCGACACCCUCACCUAGCGCACCAGGCGCAUCACGACGCCAGGGCAUGGCGAACGAGCACGGCCACCACGCACAUCCCCGGUAUGGCGACGUCUGACGGCCAGAGCCUGGUGUAUUCCCAGUCUGGGUUCGGCCUGGGGGGACCAGAGCAGAUGCACCACCACUCCUUGCGGGACGAAGACCACCACAGCCACAGCCCGCACCUGAGCGAGCAUGGAGGUGGGGGCCAGUCGUCUCUCUCGCACCACCAGCACGGGGGACACCCCGACCACUCGGACGAGGACACGCCAACUUCAGACGACCUGGAGCAGUUUGCCAAGCAGUUCAAGCAGCGGCGCAUCAAACUGGGCUUUACCCAAGCUGACGUGGGGCUGGCGCUCGGGACCCUGUAUGGAAAUGUAUUUUCCCAGACCACUAUCUGCAGGUUCGAGGCGCUUCAACUAAGCUUCAAAAACAUGUGUAAACUCAAACCACUGCUUAACAAGUGGCUGGAGGAGGCGGAUUCCACCUCCGGGAGCCCCACCAGCCUAGAUAAGAUCGCGGCGCAGGGGAGGAAGAGGAAAAAGAGAACCUCCAUCGAGGUGGGCGUCAAGGGGGCUUUGGAGAGCCAUUUUCUCAAAAGUCCCAAACCCGGCGGCGCAGAGAUCACCUCCAUAGCAGACAGCCUGCAGCUGGAGAAAGAAGUGGUGAGGGUUUGGUUUUGUAACAGACGGCAGAAAGAGAAGAGGAUGACGCCCAUUGGAGGACAGUUACCUGGAACUGAGGACAUGUAUGGGGACACACCACCUCACCACGGCGCUCAAACCCCUGUACAAUGAUCUGAACCCCGUUAUAGUAAACACACGGAUCCCUAAAGGAUAUGAUUGACCUUUAUGUUUCUCUGUGCCGGGCCAGUUAGCAUUGGACUGUCGCCAGUGCUAAUUUUGGACCUAUGGAACACAGUGGGAAUACCGAGUGUUGGAACUAAAGCACUACACCCCAGACACAGCGAGAGCUAUGUGGAGUUUUCAUGCAGUGGAGAUGCUACGCGCAAUAACGGCUACAUGGACCGUGUUUGGUGUGUGUGCUAACCAAAAAAAGGUUAAAUAUCAUUGACAUCAAAUCGAUUUUAUGGUCAAGACGUGUAAAAAAGAAA